UUCAGUGAUGCUACCCCUCUCCAACUAUUUACUAUAAUAGUUUGCGCUUUGGGAAGUGCCCGAACUGCCUGUGCACAAUAAUUUUUAAUAACAUCUAUUUUCCAAGGAAGGAAAAGUACAGGGCCGGUCUGUGCUUUUACGCAUGGAAGUUGGAAUCAGCCUCUCUACCUUUACGCAUGGCAGUGUCUCUUUUCUUCGGAGGAUGCUGCCGGGCUUAUGAGCGCGUUUCAGGGCGUCAAGAGCGGAGUAAAAAGUGAGCAACGAUGCGGGGCACUGAGCUGCUGCUCAGUUACUUUCUGGUGAAAGUUAUGGUGUGCGACGCGGAGGGCGAGCCGGGUCAAACGAUCGACGACUUCAUGAUAGUCACCGGGUUUAACGACUCGAAGGAAGGGGAGAGCGGAGUCACGGAGAGCGCGCACAUGGAGGACAAGUGCCGCGGUUACUACGACGUGAUGGGCCAGUGGGACCCGCCGUUCGUGUGCAGGACGGGCAGCUACCUGUACUGCUGCGGCACCUGUGGCUUCAGGUUCUGCUGCGCGUUUAAAAGCUCCAGGUUGGACCAGACCACCUGUAAGAACUACGACACCCCGCCGUGGAUGAUGACAGGCAAACCCCCGCCGAAAGUGGACGUGGCGCUGGACAGCGCGAAGGAUAAAACAAACCUCAUUGUGUAUGUCAUAUGCGGGGUCGUGGCCAUAAUGGCACUGAUAGGAAUUUUCACCAAGCUUGGUUUGGAAAAGACGCACCGUCCGCACAGAGAGAAUAUGUCAAGGGCUCUUGCACACGUGAUCCGCCACCCAGCUUCAGAACAUACGGAUGAAAUUGGACUUGGCCAGCACUAUGAGAACAUACAGACCAGAGUCACAGUUAACAGUCUCCACAGCAACCAGAUGAACAACGUGGUUCAAACAUCUACUUUGAUAACUCAGCCUUACCCAGCUGUGGGACAGAUCACAAGCCCCUAUGAACAACAGAAGCCUGUGAAGGAUCUCAACAAGUAUGCCACACUCAAGGCCGUGGCAGAGAAAGCGAACGACAGCUUCUACAGCAACCGACGGCAAGUGAUCGAGAUGACAACCAAGGGCAGCCUUCCCAUGGAAGCUGUGGAUAUGGAGCCAGAGCCGAGUAAUCCCUACAGCCCACCCAGACAGCUGUCUACGAAGCAGAAUGGACACAAAUACAAAACCCCCAAGAGCCACAGCUCCCAGACGCUGUCCUACAGCUCCAGCACUGCUGCCAGCCCAGGGGUGCUAAGAUCCUGGGAGAGCAAGGACACGCUGGGACUCCGACAGAGCUAUGGCCCAAAGAAACUCUGCAUCAUAGAGAAGGAGCUGCACACCACUCGCUACUUGCCCCCACAACCAUACUUUGUCACCAACAGCAAGACAGAAGUGACAGUAUGAGGGAUUGUCCACACAAAAGGAGUCUGCAUGUAAGAAAGACAAUAACUGCCAACUGAGGGUGGUUUUGCAAGAAAGCAGCGUCGACUGUCGUAUGUGCAGUUGAGGAUGUAAUGGGCAGCAUUUAAGAUGACGCCUAAAGGUGAAAUGUGCUGUAGCAGGACUCGGUAUCAAUCACUGCGCCUCAGGAAGGCACAGUGACGAAGAUACUGUCAUCAAUAUUCAUGUAAUCCAAGUGCUAAAACAACUCACACAAGCUAAAUAAAUCAUAUAUAUCAGUGAUGACACAUGUGACACAUACAGUACAGUUGUCAAUAUUCACUAAGAUAUCAAAGGACCUGGAAAUUAGAGUAUCUAAUGUAAUUUUUAUUAAAUCAACAGUGUCUAAUGAGAAAUGACUUUCUUAUUUGCUGUAUUUAAUCAGGGUUGAGUAGUCUGUCGUUAAUUGGGUAAUGAUGAAA